UGGGAAGAUCAUUAUAGGACGGAGGGAGUAAUUUUUUUUAGUAUUUCCCAAAUAAUUGGAAAAACAAGGGUAAAAUCGCAAUUUCAACCAUUGUUGUGGAUUCUGACAUAUGGGGAGAGAAGGAAAACAGCCACACAAAGCACGCCAUCAUCAUCAUCAAAGGGGGCUGAAAUGGAGAAGUAUUUCGGAAACCCUUACCGGGGCGACCCGGGAGUCCCGCACUCCGACCCGUCUAUCUUCUGGAGCAAAUGGAUCGGCGGCGCUGGAUUCUCUGCUAUCGCCUGGUUCAAUCCUUACAUGUGGCAGCUCACCAAUGAGUACAAUUGGCAUGAUCGCGCAAUGCUUUUUGAGCAUCAUCACUGGAAAGAAGCACUAAAGAAGAACCAGCCGUAUGAGUUUAAGUGGAAUCAAAAGUCCAAAGAAUUCAGGGAGUCGUACUACUUCAACUGGCCUAUCUAUUUUCCAUAGGGAAAGUAUCUGUCUCUGUUAGUACUAUUGAGUUAGGAUUGAAGGCAUUUUCUUUUACUGCUGUGAUGGUUAUUCAGUACAUUUUGGCAUUUCAAAACUAAUUAUGUGGGAAUGAUUGAAGAUGACCAUUUCAACCUCGUUUCAUACUUUUACUCUAUAUUUUAUGAAUAAAACACAUUAUUCUAUAAAUUUUUUCGUGUAUUUCGGUGGAUUCAGGCAAAAUAGUCUCACUAAUGUUCACAUCUAACGGGUAUACAUAUGGUUAUGACAUUGGUUAUGCGCACCAACGUGUCUGUUUU